AUGAAGAUUUGGAUUGCGUUCAUGGUCUCUGCUCUGGCGGCGGGCGCCUACGCACAAUGCGUCUGUGACACGAUGAAAUGGGCCACUUGUGAUGGAACUCCCUGCGAAUGCCACCUCAUGGUCGGAAAUGACUCCAAGCAAUCUUUGAAAUGCGAGAAACUGAUCCCAAAGUGCUUCCUGAUGCAGGCGGAGAUGUACAGGGCCAGGAAGGGCCUCAGCACGCGGACCGGCGGUAAACCAGUGGAGACGGCGUUUGUGGACAACGACGGCAUCUACGACCCAGAAUGUGAGAACGACGGGACCUUCAAGGCAAAGCAGUGCAACAACACCGAGACGUGUUGGUGCGUCAACACCGCCGGCGUCCGCAGAACCGACAAAGGAGACAAGGACCUGAAGUGUGAGGAGCUCGUCAUCACGUAUUGGGUGCGUCUCCAGCUCACACACAAACCUAUUACAAGUGGAACAGUGGACCCUGCCAACCUGAAAGCUGCUGUAGCAGAUGCCAUUCACAAACGUUACCUGAACUUCAAUAAAGACCUGGUCAAGGAGGUGGAGUAUGACCCUGAGGCCAGACUCCUGGUUGUGGACGUGGAGCAGCCCAAAGGUCAGGGCAAGACCGACCUGACCCACAUGGCCUACUACAUGGAGAAAGAUGUGAAGGCCCUGCCCCUGCUCCGGAGCCAGGAACCGUUCACUCCCAUGGUCGGCGGGCAGAAGAUGGAGUUCGAGAACAUCUUGGUUUAUUACGUGGACGAGAAGGGGCCGACUUUCACCAUGCAGAACCUGUCCGGAGGCAUCAUCGCCGUCAUCGUGGUGGUGGUUCUGGCCGUAGUGGCCGGGCUCCUAGUCCUGUUCUUUGCCAAGAAGCGACAGGGCAAGUACAACAAAGCCCAGCAACGAGAGAUGGACAACUUAGAAGCGCCCAGAGCCGAGGCCCAGAGCCGAGGCCCAAAGGCCCAGAGCCGAGGCCCAGAGCCGAGGCCCAGAGCCGAGGCCCAGAGCCGAGCCAUCUUUAGGCGCCUGCGGCCUCAGCGCCUGCGGCCUCAGCGUCUGCGGCCUCACCCUCAGCGUCUGCGGCCUCACCCUCAGCGUCUGCGGCCUCACCCUCAGCGUCUGCGGCUUCAGAGUCUGCGGCCUCAGCGUCUGCGGCCUCAGCGUCUGCGGCCUCACCCUCAGUGUCUGCGGCCUCACCCUCAGUGUCUGCGGCUUCAGAGUCUGCGGCCUCACCCUCAGCGUCUGCGGCCUCAGCGUCUGCGGCCUCAGCGUCUGCGGCCUCAGCGUCUGCGGCCUCACCCUCAGUGUCUGCGGCCUCACCAUCAGCGUCUGCGGCCUCACCCUCAGUGUCUGCGGCCUCACCCUCAGUGUCUGCGGCCUCACCUUCAGCGUCUGCGGCCUCAGCGUCUGCGGCUUCAGAGUCUGCGGCCUCAGCGUCUGCGGCCUCAGCGUCUGCGGCCUCAGUGUCUGCGCCUCACCCUCAGUGUCUGCGGCCUCACCUUCAGCGUCUGCGGCCUCAGUGUCUGCGGCCUCACCCUCAGUGUCUGCGGCCUCAGUGUCUGCGGCCUCAGUGUCUGCGGCCUCACCCUCAGUGUCUGCGGCCUCAGCGUCUGCGGCCUCAGUGUUUGCGGCCUCACCCUCAGCGUCUGCGGCCUCACCCUCAGCGUCUGCGGCCUCAGCGUCUGCGGCCUCAGUGUCUGCGGCCUCACCCUCAGUGUCUGCGGCCUCACCCUCAGCGUCUGCGGCCUCAGCGUCUGCGGCCUCAGCGUCUGCGGCCUCACCCUCAGUGUCUGCGGCCUCACCCUCAGUGUCUGCGGCCUCACCCUCAGCGUCUGCGGCCUCACCCUCAGCGUCUGCGGCCUCAGCGUCUGCGGCCUCAGCGUCUGCGGCCUCAGCGUCUGCGGCCUCAGCGUCUGCGGCCUCACCCUCAGUGUCUGCGGCCUCACCCUCAGCGUCUGCGGCCUCAGCGUCUGCGGCCUCAGCGUCUGCGGCCUCAGCGUCUGCGGCCUCAGCGUCUGCGGCUUCAGCGUCUGCGGCCUCAGCGUCUGCGGCCUCAGCGUCUGCGGCCUCAGCGUCUGCGGCCUCAGCGUCUGCGGCCUCAGCGUCUGCGGCUUCAGCGUUUGCGGCCUCAGCGUCUGCGGCCUCAGCGUCUGCGGCCUCAGCGUCUGCGGCCUCAGUGUCUGCGGCCUCACCCUCAGUGUCUGCGGCCUCACCCUCAGCGUCUGCGGCCUCACCCUCAGCGUCUGCGGCCUCACCCUCAGCGUCUGCGGCCUCAACGUCUGCGGCCUCAGCUUGUGA